GAAGGCUAUUACGUCAGCAGCAAAUUUCCUUUUUAUUUAUUUAUUCUAACUAGUCGUCGUCGUCAUCAACAUUGUUGUCUAGAUCUCCCACUGAUGAUGAAUUCAUCCAAGUAUUUUACCGUCAUAGAACACAAGAGUCGAUCCCUGAUCUGAUCUGUUAUUGGAUAGGAUCGAAUCGUGAAAUGGAGAGCGUGGAGGUGAGCCUGGAUCACCUUCCAUAUGCUCUGUUGGCCACCAUCAUGACCAAGCUCGACAUCGCUUCUAUCUGUUCAAUUGCCACAACAUCCUCCACCUUCCGCUCCUGCGCUCAACAAAUCAUCUCCUUCCUCCCCAACUUCCACCUCCUCGACAUUGCGCCUUCUGGGGACUUGCUGAGACCGUUGCUGCCACCCAAUAACCCAUACCUUAAGAGCCUCAAGGUUGAUUGCGGUCGCCUUGAUGAUUCCGCUAUAGCCCUGUUGGUGAAACCGUCAUUGCACGAGCUUUGUCUGCACAAUUGUGCUGAUUUCAGUGGGAAACUGCUCUCUGAGAUUGGGACCCGAUGCAAGGACCUAAGGUCUCUCUACUUGGGCUCGGUAGCAGAAAAAAGAGGGAGGGCAAUUCAUAUUUCUGAUCUGGAGGAAUUACUUGGCGGCUGCUCCCAGUUGGAAGCGCUGAUUCUGAUGUUUGACGUCUCUCUCUUUCUACGUCAUAACUUUGCUCGAGUUUGGGCUUCUGCCUCAGAGAAACUCACUUCUCUUGAGAUUGGCUACAUUUCUUCUGUCACAGUGACUGAACUGCUUAGCUCAAAUUUGGGAUCCCAUCAGUCCUUGAAUCCUGUUCAACCAUCCAUACUUCCAAGCAUUCAGAAACUAUGCCUUUCGGUAGACUAUAUAACUGAUGCUAUGGUUGGUACAAUAUGCAAAGGUCUUAUCUUUUUGACCCAUUUGGAUCUUCGAGACGCACCGCUGAUUGAACCAAGAAUUACAUUUGACCUAACCAAUGCUGGCCUUCAACAAAUUAAUCAACUUGGGAGAUUGAAACAUCUUUCUUUAAUCCGAAGCCAAGAGUUCCUAAUUACCUACUUUCGAAGAGUAAAUGACCUGGGAUUACUUCUAAUGGCUGACAAGUGUGCAAACAUGGAGAGCAUAUGCCUUGGUGGCUUUUGUCGUGUCACAGACACCGGUUUCAAAACUAUCCUGCAUUCUUGCUCUCGCUUAUACAAGCUUAAGGUCACUCAUGGGACUCAGUUAACUGAUCUAGUUUUUCAUGAUAUUUCUGCAACAUCCCUUACUUUAACGCAUGUGAGCUUAAGAUGGUGCAAUCUGUUAACCAACCAUGCAGUUUUGAGUCUGGCAUCAAACAAGGAACUUAAAGUUCUUGACUUGAGAGAUUGCAGGAGCCUUGGGGAUGAAGCUCUCCAGGCCAUUGGCACUCUUCCAAGACUGAAAAUUUUACUAUUAGAUGGCUCUGAUAUAACUGAUGAGGGACUUUCAUACUUAAGACCAUCUGUUAUUAAUUCAAUAUUUGCGUUGUCUCUUCGAGGGUGCAAGAGACUUACAGAUAAAUGCAUCACAGCUCUAUUUGAUGGCUGUGGUGUGCUGGAAUUGCGAGAACUUGAUCUAUCUAAUCUUCCCAACCUUUCAGAUAAUGGAGUCUUGCUGCUGGCAAAAAGUCGGAUUCCCCUCUUUGAACUCCGGAUGCGACAGUGCCCUCUGAUUGGUGAUACUUCGGUUAUGGCAUUAGCUUCAAUGCUGGUUGAUGAGGCCAGAUGGCAUGGAAGCAGUUUGCGCUUGUUGGAUCUUUAUAACUGUGGUGGUAUUACACAGCUUUCAUUUCGCUGGUUAAAGAAACCAUAUUUUCCAAGGCUUAAAUGGUUGGGAGUGACCGGAAGUGUUAAUAGAGACAUGGUAGAUGCUUUAGCUAGAAGUAGACCUUUCUUGCAUGUGGCAUGCCAUGGUGAGGAGCUUGGGGCUGAUCCCUAUGAUAUCUCAGAUGGUUUAUAUACACACGAUUAUGAUGAGGUGGAUGAAUUUGAGCAGUGGCUUCUUGAAGCUGAUGUUGAUAGUGACGAUGAGGAAUUGGGCGAUGCUGAAAAUAAUGUAGAACUGGUUGUGUAAUUUGCUUUCAAACUCUUGUAUUUGUAUGUGUCAAUGACUAUGUAUAUGUAUGUCUGUCUGUCAAUUGUUAUCUGGCUGGAUGUUAUUUGCCACAGGUUUUCUAGGACUUCUGUAUUAUCCUUUAUGUAUCUUGAUUUAUGUAUCUUGUUGUGGAUAAGUCGUGUAAAAGUUUCAUAAUUUUCGUGACCUUGUUAUUAGUUUUUCUUUUUAUUUUUCUCUCUUUCAAGUGCUUCCGUUUUGCCUUAUAUUUGUUGUG